CCGAGUACCGGUGCGUGUCAGAGCCGGCCGGAGCAUACGCGGUCGCUCCCGGGGCCGCUGGGCCGCGGCCACCUCCGACCGUACCGGCGUCGUCCCCUUCCCCGCCCACGCGUUCCUUCCCCGCCACUAAGCCGUCGCUACCCCUGCAGCACGGCGUCUGCAAGUGCACACCACCUCCUCUCGCGCUCGCAGGAGCCGCCCCAACGCAAGCGCUACAGGACGUUCUGUAGAUGGAGACUCGCUCCAGUGUCGUACGCAUCCAAAUCGGCUGGCCGCACAUUCGCCGGGGCGUUCAGCCACCGGAGCACGACGGGCUCUGUUGUAUCCUGCGCAAAAUCCUACACCAUCUUACUGCCGAUUUACAAGAGAAGCACCUGGACUUUGAGCCUGAGGUUGUGAUCAUAUUGUUGGACUGAAAAAGCAGUUCCAGAUCGUGUUCUGACUUCUGAGUCCACGUGCAGGACAGGCUAAUUUGGUAGGUGCGCCCUUCUUUGCUUGAAUGCUCAUCUUCAUGGUAUGAGUUCAGUUUCUGCAAGCCUCCAACAAACAACCUCUGUUUCACCAUAUAUCAUUUUCUGGUCAAUGCACUUGAUUGAGUUGAAUCUGAACUCCAAGAUAGCCUGGUUCCAAGUUUUGUACUACUAGUUUGUGGUCUGGAAUUUGCCUAAAGCAACAAGAUAUAUGGAGCAUAGUGGACUGGAGAGUAUGCAUGCUGGAAGAGAGAAAGCAACAAAUUUACCAUGCGCAAGUUUGGAGAACAUCAUGGAAGAUUCAUCUUAUGAGCGAAUAAAUAGCCAGGGUGUAUCUCGGCGUGUUUACAAGGUGAUUACAGGGUCCUGCGAGGCACUUGACGUCCAUCCACUCGAACUCCGCUUUCCUUUGGAUUACAACGCGUUAAUCCCGUUCCCGUGCCCGCUUCACCUAACAAAUAACACAGAUGAACAAGUGGCAUUUAAACUUAAGCCAAAGAGAGGGAUAUAUUCAUGCUUCCGUAAUAUUCCACUGUAUGGUGUUGUGCCGCAGCGGUCUACUUACACUCUCAUUGUGAUAAUGACACCGCCGGCUAAGCUGUCAGAAGAUACAGAUUUUGAUCUGAUCCUGCAGAGUAUUAAAUUUGGGGAGGGUAUCAUCCAAGGCCAAUGUAAUGACCGAUUUUUUGAGGCAGCCAAAGAGGUGGGCACUGUGAUGCAUGAGGUGACAUUAAAAGCUGUUUCUGCUCCACAAGGAGAGACAAUAUAUAAGCACACCAUCCCACCUGUAAUGAAGGUCAUAUCUGUAGAAAGAGCUCGUCAGGAGCUGUAUUCCAUAGAUGCAAAUCCAGAAAAGUCAUGGAUUAUAAUAGGUCAUUCCGGUGGAUAUGUCCGUAUAUGGGACUAUGUCACACAGAGAUGGAGGGGUCCAAUACAAAUCUCUAGGGGCCCACUUGACUGCAUUAAAUUUAUUGCUCGAAAGCAAUGGUUUGUGGCUGGGUCCUCUGAUGGUAUCCAUGUACAAGAGGAAGCAAUAAAAAAGAAGAAAAUCCAGAGAUUCAGAGCUCGUGUUAGCUCUGUCACAUCACUGGCCGUUCAUCCAACCAAGCCGUAUGUGCUUUCAUCAUCCUAUGGCGGACUGAUAAAGCUUUGGGACUGGGACAAGGGAUGGGAAUGCAUAACAACAUUUGAAGGGGAACACUCUGAUGUUGUAUGUCAACUCGCAUUUAAUCCAAAUGACACAAGCAGUUUCGCUAGUGUGUCGAACGAUCGCACAAUAAAGGUUUGGGGUCUUGAUUCACCCAAAUCCCAUUACACUCUGUCUGGCCAUUCAGAUAAUGUGAAAUGCCUUGAUUUCUUCACACGUGAUGAUGGGCAAUAUUUGAUUACUGGUUCUGUUGAUAAUACUGCCAAGAUAUGGGACUUGCAGAAAAAGACGUGCAUUCUUACACUGGAAGUUUUUAGGUCUCCAGUCAUUUAUGUCUUCUCCCAUCCCAAUCUUCCAGUUCUAAUUACAGGUACAAGAAAUGGCAUCAUUUAUUUGUGGAGCUCCACCGAUUUCAGGCUUAGGGGAAUUCUCAACAUCUUACGUGGGGCAGAUGUUAUGGGUCUUGCAUGCUUGAUGGAGUCAAGGAGGGUCGUGAUUGGACAAAGCCACGCCAUAUCUAUAGUGGAUAUUGACGAUGAAGAAACAAUUGGUAGCAAGGGCGACUUCGAAAGCUCCAUAUGAGCUGGCUGACCGAUGUCAUCUUUUGGUUUCGGUACAUUGAUCACUAUGGCUAUAGGAUUAUGAUCGGACAUAGGGAUGGAUUCGUAGUUAUGGAGGUUAACCAUGAAGGCCAUUUUGUUGGCACGGACGGCAGAGAAAAUUCCACAUGUUAUGAUUAACAUGUGGAGAAAUUAAUCACUGUCCAUGUUGACCAAGUUCAGGCGGAUAUAGAAAAUCAGGCUACCUUAUGUUUGGUUGUUUCUCCAGGAAGCCUACCAGCUGGCAACCAAGAUUUGUUUUAAGAAGUUGAUGGUACAAAUAGUUUCUCGGUAAUGAUACUCAUUCUUGGUGUAGCGGAAUACUAAUGCGCUAUGCCAGUAUAUAUGUGAUUCUGUGGUUGAAGCACAGUGGUUCAUUUGUGUGUGAUUCUGUAUCCACAUGAUACAUCUUGAGUGUUCACAAUGUAGUUUAUUUGUA